AUGUCCAAAUUCAUGUUUUCCAGAGAAAACGUGCAUGAGAGAUGGCUGAUGGCAACAGGCCGUCAAAUCCAGUCAAGGAUAGCUUGGCAGGGUCCAACAGGCAAUGUUGGGGACGUUGUGCCUGGAGACUUUGAGGGUGCAAGUGAGGUGCUGCUGCUUUGUUGUAGCAGGGCCUUUGCCCUUCUGGUGCAGCAGGCAUUGGGAUUGGUGGUGGGUGUGCAGAUUCUGCGAAACAGAUAUGCGAUCUCCGAUUGGCUGGCUUGCUUUGGCUCAUGGGUCUUCAGGGACUGGAUGGAGGAGCAGAUCACAUGGUUAGCAGGUGCCCCAGGUGGCAUCAAGCUGCAUCGCCAGCUCAGCAAUGCAUACAAGUCUAUUGCUCUUGACACCCUCACUACAGCAAUACCUGCAUACACCAUAUUGGGACACUACAUGCCCCACAUUCUGAGCCUAAUCUCUGUUGCAUCCAUCGCCCUUGGGCUGAAUUUUGGCCUCUGCCUUGCCAGCGAUCUCCUGUACAUUGCAGCGAUCCCGAUUAGCCUCAUGUACUGUGCGAUCUCGUUGGUGCACAAUGUGCAGAGGAGGUGUCUGGGAUUGACAUGGCAACUAUUGCGGGGUCAGCAUGCAAUAACCAAGAGGAAAUUGAAACAGAGAAGGCAGCAGAGGGCUGAACGAUCUGAAACAGUUGCUGGCAGCUGCCUGGCACAGGAUGGGCAUGUCACAUUGGGUAUGGACAAGGAACAAAAGGAUGAAGAGAUAUUAGUGGAGCAUCUCAUUGUGGGUGUUCUGUUGUUCACGCCAUUGCUGGGCCUGCUCCCCACGACGCUUGUGUUCUACACAUUCUUUGCAGCCCUCCACUGUGGAGUCGUAGCCGCACGUGGAUCGCUGUGGUUGCUGUGUGCUGCCCUGGACGUGAAUCCAGCUUUUUGUCUCUUCCUGAGGCUCAUCCGUCCUGCUUUGUUCCCAGAUGCUGUUACUCUCAAGGCAUUGGACUACACAAUUGCCCAUCCACGUGUUUGUAAACCUAUCUGUGGGGAUGCAAAUUGUGGCCAUGAAGCGUGUUCAACAAUGGGCAGCCUUGUCGUGCGAUACUACAGCAUCAGCUGUGUGCCUUGCCGAUGGCCAUCCAUCUUGUGCCCCAUCCAGCAGCACCAGUGGACGUCGCUGUGGCGUGGCGUGGCUGCAGCUGCAAAGGAUGUGCUGGGAAGCCGAGUAAUUGGAUUGAAGCCAUGA